AUGUCCAUAUUUAUGGAAGCAGCGAUGCUGCCUUCCCCCGAGGAAGGACGGUGGUUAGAGCGCGAAUUUACUGAUCGGAAGGUCCGUGGUUCGAACCCCACCUCUGCCUCUCGGCUUCCCCUGUCUAGGUUUGGGCAACCUGGCAGUAUCCCAGCUCUCGUGCUUCCUUUGGGUGGCAUGGCAGCUAGGCACCGAAAAAGUGCUUCAGCUGGACGAUUUUUUCAUAUAUUCCUACUCCGACUAUCGUCAUUAUCACUAGAAGCAGCAACGGCUAUAUAA